CACCGCGAAACUCCCAUGCUCCUCCACGUCCAAAUGGGUGGCGCCAGCAAUCGUUUCUUCACCAUCCUCUCCACCACCACCACCACCAGCCACCCUUUCCACCGCUUCCCUUCUCUCCUCCGCCUCUCCCGCCAAUACAAACCCCCACUCUUCCCCGCCUCCCUCUCUUCCCUUUCCCACCGUCACUCCCUCCCUUCCCGCCCCUCCUCCUCCGCCUCAUCUUUCCCUCCCAGUUCCUCUCACCAUUUCCAUUCCCACUCCCCCGUUUCCUCCGCCUACCCUUCUUCUUCCGCCGACUCCGCCGGUUUCCGAGCCUCGCACCCCUGGCCCGAGUGGUCCCACCUCCUUAACUCUCUCUCCGCCGCCGGAUACAACGGAGCCAACGGCCACGAUGAGUUCACAGCUGCGGUCCGGGAUUUGCCCGAGGACUUUAUGCGUGCUGCCAGUGUUUGCCUGGCGUUUGCUAGGCAAAGAGCUGGCCUUUUGAGGUUGCUUUCGAGGCGAGAUUUAGAGGUUGUGGUGGAGAAUGGGACGCCAUUUCUGUUCCAGAAUGGCGAUGAUUCGGCGAGGCGAAUGAGAUUGUUUCUCGGCCAAGGCAGUACCAAUGCCUUGGACAUUGAUAAAGCACAAACGAUUGAUUUGAUGAGAUUUAUAUUGAGUUAUGCUAGCAAUCCUGUUUUUUCUUCAGAGAGAAACAAUCUCUAUAAUAGAGAAAUUGUUGAAUCUUCUGUCCGUACUCUGUUGAGUGAAAUGGCCAAGCUCUGUUAUAGUGCUCCAGAUUCGAACUCUAUUGGAUCAAUGCAGAGUCGAUCCUCUGAUAACUUUGGAGAAUCUGCUAGGCCUUUUGAAAAAACUAUUGAAAUGAAAAGAGGUGAUUGGAUUUGCCAGAGGUGUAAUUUCAUGAACUUUGCAAGAAACAUGAAAUGCCUUGAGUGCGAGGAGGCACGGCCAAAGAGGGAGCUGACUGGCAAGGAGUGGGAGUGUCCUCAAUGUGAUUUUUUUAACUAUGGGAGAAACAUGGUAUGUUUGAGGUGUGAUUGCAAGCGCCCUGGAGAGGUUUCACGUGGUUCCACUAAUGAUGGUUUAGAUAUGGGAUAUGUAAAUAUGGGUGAUAAAAAUACAGCUGAUAUCGAUAGCAGGCUGGCCGCUAAUGAAGAGAAGGCACAGCGGUGGUUUAGUAAGAUUUCUCAGCUAGACAGUACUUCAGACAUGAGUAGCGCUGUAUCUGAUGAAGAUUUUCCUGAAAUAAUGCCAUUGAGAAAAGGAGUAAACAGAUUUGUUGUGAGCACAAGAAAGACUCCAUUAGAGAGGAGGCUGGCCAAUGCUCAAUACCAAAGAAACGUGGAUAAUGAGGGUAAUUACCAAGGCAAGGAUCUUCAACCUGGGAGUGUGAAUACGUCACUUGGUCGUACACCCAACAGGACUUUAGAUGAAAUUCUCGGCCAUGUUAAUACAAGUAUGAAUCCCAGACAAAAUGUUGGAACUGAUACUCCCUCUUCUAUAUCAAGCUCAGUUUCCUCGGAAUAUGGACAACCUAGAAGGGGAGGGGGAAAUUCCAAUUAUUCCCAACUUGUGCCAUUACCCGCUGAUACGUUUGCCAAGAAACCUGAGAAUUCGAGUGUGGAGGAGAGUAUGCAGCUGUCUGAGAAGCCUACGGAACAGGCUGGGAGCAAGGAUGAAGAAAGAGACCAAGCUGAAAAAUCUGAGAGAUGGUUUAAGAGGGUUGCAGAGUUGCACGAUGUUACUGAUCUUGCAAGUGCAAUUUCAGAUGAGGACUUUCCUGAAAUUAUGCCGAUGCGUAAAGGAGAGAAUCGAUUUGUUGUCAGCAAAAAGAAAGAUCGGUCUUUGACUACUCCGGCAUACAAGAGACGUACAGCUACUGAACAAGCUAACAAUGGCAAUUAUGUUCCCUUCGUCCCAUUCCCACCCGACUACUUUGCUAAAAAGAAGAACCAGCAGACAGAUUUGACUAACAAGAUUGCUGAUGAAACAACUUCAACUACGAUGCCAGAUAACUCUUCAGACAGUUUGCUUGAUGCUAGACCCCACGUGCAACAGGUGAAAAAUCAGCAAAGCAAUGUGCCAAGCUGGAAUUCAGAAACUUCGGGACAAAACCAGUUCAGGGAUUCUGCCCCAAAUUUUGCUAGUUCUAGCUCAUACGGCACGGAUAGAUUGAACAUUGGAUCUUCCGGGAAAGAGAAGUCUAACCAGACAGCAAGUUCAACAGGAAAUUCACCACAGCAGUCCAAUGAUCAGAACAUUAGACAGGGCUGGAGUGGGAAAAGCUUGGAGGGGUCAGCAGUGAAGGAACCAGAUCCUUUAGACAUGUCAGAGGAGGCGAAAGCAGAGAGAUGGUUCAAGCGCGUUGCGCAGAUAAAAGACAUCUCAGAGCUGAGUCAGAUUCCCGAUGAAGAUUUCCCGUCAAUAAUGCCAAUGCGUAAAGGGGUGAAUAGGUUUGUUGUCAGCAAGCGGAAAACGCCGUUGGAGAGGAGGUUGACAUCUCCACAAUACAGAAAAAAUCUUCCUAUUGUAAGCUCUGAUCCAGCAGAGGAAAGAGACAGUGACUGAGUAUCACAAAAAAGACUUAACACUUCGUUGUUUAUGGAAGAUGAGAUUAUUGUUUUUUUUUUCUCAUAUUAAUUUUUGAUAACUGUAUUUUUUGGCUUGCCUUCCAAACAUUGUAUAAAGAUAUACAUUUCUUCUGGUUAUGCAGUUGCCUGGGUUGGAGGUAAA